GGGUCUUUGGUGGACAUUGCUCUCGGAACGUCCUUCUUGAAUAACCAACUUGAAUUUUGAAUUCAAGCCCCAUGACUACUCUUCAACUUUCUCAACAUCUACGACCGCUAGACAGUCGCCAAAGUUCAGCAGCGGGCCACCAUCAUCUCAAUCAGCUAGCUUUCAGCACACCAUGGGUACACCUCAUCGGGGUCUCCCUCCACCUUCGGCAAUGACGCUACCAGAUCCAGGACGGGGUCCUUCUCAAAUUUCACAUUCACUAGGCGCGUUACCUCCCGCUCCAUCUCAAUGGCAAGGCUCUGAGGAUGGGAUGAAGAACUGGCUCGCAGCGAAGACCGAAGAGGAAAAGAGGAAGCAAGAGGAAGAGAAAACAAGACAGGAAAACCUAAAGUUGGAGCAGCGCAAAAUCGAGCUGCUCUUGCUCCGUGAAUCUAUGCAGGGCGGGAUUCCACCUCAUCUUGUUCCCAUCAUAUUCGCCGGAAUUGGAGGAGGGACUCUGUCGAGCAUUAGCGCUGAACAGAUUCAACAAUACACCGCUCAGGUGCAAGCUGCUCAACAACACCAAGCUCAAGCUCAGCUCUCUCCGAAUAUGAGAAGAGAGGCCAGAGUGAUUAGCCAGCCGCACUCAACAACAUACGGAGGACAACCUGAAACGCCACAGUCGAUUCUUCCCCCUACUUCUGUGUUACUCGGGCAGCCGCAAUCGCAACACGCUCCACCUACUACGUAUGGUGGUGGACCGAUGUCUCCAAGGACACGAGGAGCUCAGUUUUCUGGCUUUGGCGGUCCUCCUACUUCUGCUCCACGUCCUCCGCAGUCCCAGUUGCCUAGGUUGACGACCAACGAAAUGAACAUCGAGCCGCCUCCAGCGGGACCUUCAAAUCUACAACAGCAGUCACAGUCGGCACAGCAAGAGCAUUCUUCGCCUUCUAUCUACUUUCACCAUUGGGUCCCUCCAGCGUCACAGCAGGAAAAGAGCUCAAGUGGCGUUCCGCCAGCAACGCCUUCAGAAUACACCAGCUCCCCCAAGAAGCGGAAGGCCCAAGGCCCGCACCCAGCUCCACCGCCCCCUACAUCGACGCUCCAAUCCCACACAUCGCCAUCGUUCUCGUAUGUAUCGACUUCAUCGACUUCAACACCAGGACGAGGAGGACACCACCGAGCCCAUUCAGAUGUUUCUGCACGAGGACCAGAAGGCUCUGGCGGUGCUGUGAAUCGUCGCGGUACGGUAUCUGGGUCAGCAACACGACAGAUGGAUGUUCAUGAGCCAGCAAGAGGAUCAGAAGGCAAGCAUCCACCGCACCUGGACCAGGUGUACGCAACGCCACCACUUCGAAAUGAUGGUCGAUUGCAAGGUCCACCAACGCAUGCGUCAUCUUCUGCUCCAAGUCAGACUGAAACGCGAAAGCCUGGGCCUCAUCACCCAUGGGGGUAUAUGUCAUCUCCCAAGCGGGAACCUGGCGACCACUAGAUCGGAAGCUUGAUGUCAACAUGAUAGCCAUAUCGGGCC